AUAUACUUUAUAUACUAUGCAAUGAUGAACAAUGUGGUGGUAGAAAGAGGUUUAUGUAUUUAGAUAUAGAUAUGGUUUUUUAUUUACACGAUUGUCAAGUUUGAUUGCUUAUCCUAUAAUUAAAACAAAAGUAUGAGUUCUUUAAUACAUUCUUUACAAAAAUAAAGUGGAAUAUUUGUAUAGAUCCAAAUAUAAAAAUUCUUGUCAACAAAGGAAUAUGUGGGUAUUUGGUUAUGGAUCUCUUAUAUGGAAAGUUGAUUUUCCUUAUGAAAAAAGAAUCAUUGGUUAUAUUAAGGGAUAUGUGAGACGGUUUUAUCAAAAAAGUACAGAUCACAGAGGAACACCCGCUAAGCCCGGCCGUGUUGUUACCUUGCUUCCAUCCGACAAUCCAAAUGAUGAAGUGUGGGGUCUUGCUUAUAAAAUAUCUGGUGAAAAUGUAGAUAAUGUUGUUGCACAUUUAGACUUCAGAGAAAAAGGUGGCUAUGAAAGGAACACCGUUCUCUUUUACCCUUAUGCUAGUCUUAGCGAUGUUGAUAAAAGUAUUUCUUCUACUUCCUUAGACAAUAUUGUAAAUACAAAUAAUACAAUUAUAGAGCCGAUUACAGAUAAAGAUCCGUUCUAUCUGACAAUCUACAUAGGAAGCAAAGAUAAUCCUAAUUAUGUAGGCGUUGAAAAUAUAGAGACAUUAGCAAAUUGUAUAUUUAAUGCACAUGGUCCUAGCGGAUCAAAUAGAGAAUAUCUUUAUAAAUUAGCAUCUGUUGUACGUACCUUAAUUCCAAAUGCCAACGACGAAUAUUUGUUUUUAUUAGAGAAAACUGUGAAAAAGUUGGAAAAAGAUUCAGAGAAAGAAAUAAUCGAAUAAUAUUAAUAUAUAGAAAAUUUAUUUAUAUACAAUAUACAGAGUCUAUUUAAUUCUAUAACAAAAAUUAUUUGAAAAAUAAUAAUAUUUUAUUAAUUAAAUUUUAACAUUUUUCAAACUUAUUGUAAAAUUAAAGAAAUAUUUUCUUUUAUAUUAAUAAAAAAAAUUAUUUGUAUAUAAAAAAAUAUUUCCUAUAUAAAACGUAUUUAAAGUAUAAAACUAUUCAUUCCAUGAUAAAUAUAAUUUUGGAAAAUAUAAAUUCAAUCUAUAUGAAUACAUUGUUUAAUUUGGUUUUCAAUCCUAUCCUUAUAAUUCAUAUUUCCGCGUUAUAUGUCACUGCAUCACAUGCGUAGAAGGUGAGCAGUACUGGGAAGGGGAGGACAAAGAAAGAUAUAAUGUGUAUGGUGGCUAAAAAAGAGAAGAGGUAAUAUUGCUAAGGAGGGAGUGAGUGAAAAAAAGAGUACGUGUAAGAGAAAAAAGAGAGAGAAAUAACAAAGUCGAUGGUCUCGUGUGCUUAGUUCCAUUAAUAGUAACAGCUGUAUAAAAUUUACUAGAAUCUUUCCUCUUUCUAGAAAAGUACGGGGUGACCGAUGGUGACGAAUUCGAACACAUUUUCACAGCUUCAACGUUUAUUUCAUAUAUAUACAUGGAUAUAUAUAUAUAAUUAAAUUUGUGUAAUCAAAUUGAAAAAAUAAUUGAAAUUUGUUUUAAUUUUAUCGACCGAUGGAAAUAAAGUGUGAAAUGAAAUUUCUAUAGAAAUCGAAGUUAGUUAAAAAACUUUAUAACACGUGAACGAUCUCGAAGAGAAUACAAGACUUGAGCAUGUGUACAUACUUGUAUACCUAUAUAUACGUAUAAAGAAUAUUUUCAA